AUGGUAGGCGGGGUUGGAGAGUUGUCACGGGCUCGGAGAAGCGCACAGCUAAUAGCCAUUACACUCCACACAGAAAAAGGGCCGGAGAAAACUAUUGCCCUCUUCCCGGUCACUGCCGUGUACCCGCUGCCACCAAUCAGGCUUUCUUGGAAAUCAUCCGACCCGGUGUGGGUAGAGCAGUGGCCCCUGUCCAAGCCUUGAUUAGAUGCCCUUCCUGAGUUAGUUAACCGUGAACUACAACAAGGUCACAUAGAGCCAUCUACUAGCCCGUGGAAUACCCCAGUUUUCGUAAUCCCUAAACGAUCCAGAGAAGGGUUUCGCCUCCUCCACGAUUUACGUGAAAUCAACAAUGUCAUUGAAGACAUGGAACCCCUUCAGCCCGGUAUGCCGUCCCCUUCUAUGCUCCCUCGGGAUUGGAAGCUGGCCCUCAUUGACAUAAAGGACUGUUUUUUCAACAUACCCCUCCAUCCUCGAGACGCGCCCAGGUUUGCAUUCUCAGUUCCCUCCCCAAACUGACAGGCACCUUUAAAAAGAUAUCAUUGGCUGGUCCUCCUGCAAGGGAUGAAAAAUUCACCCACCAUCUACCAAUGGUACGUAGCUUACAUCGUGUCACCUGUGAGGACCCUGUUCCCAGAUUCCGUCAUCCUCCACUACAUGGAUGACACCCUGACAAUUGAGGAUGCUGGAUUUGAAAUCCAUGGAGACAAGAUCCAGCACACUUGCCCUUGGACCUACCUGGGACUCCGGAUUCAUGAGUGGACCGUCGUACCCCAGCAGUUGACCAUCAGAGACGACCCCAAGACCCUGCGGGACCUACAUCAGCUCUGCGGGUCCAUCAACUGGGUACGCCCUCUGCUUGGGGUAACGACGGAAGUCCUCGCGCCCCUCUUCAAUCUGCUCCGCGGCAGCGAGGACCUUGAUUCACCACGCUCCCUCACGCCAGAAGCCCGGGAAUCCAUCACCAAGGUCCAGGAGGCCCUGUCUUUGCAGCAAGCCCACCGCUAUGAGCCCAGCCUGCCUUUCCAACUGGUUAUCCUGGAGCCUGACCCCCCUGUAAUACAGCACUUCUUCAAUUCAACCCAUGCCAAACUCACCGAGAAGCCGCCGGUGCUGAUCAAAGAUCCUGAAUCACAACAGACAUCAGGACCUUUCCCAUUGAUUACCUAG